CAUCUAUCUAUCUAUCUAUCUAUCUAUCUAUCUAUCUAUCUAUCUAUCUGCGAUUUGGUGAGGUUGGAUAUGCAGAAAUGGUUUUACUCCAAGCAUAUUGACAAUACAAAGACAAAAAAAAAGGUAACCGGUCAUGGAUCAAUCUGCAAAAGGAUGUGUGUCAGUCACUUUGCAUGUUUCUUGCAUGUCUCUCGAGUGAUCAGAAAACCCACGACAGCCGCGCGUCUAUUUCAUUUCCCUGAAUUUAUGAUUAUUAUUUCAUAUUCUUGAUUAUUUUUCCCCGAAUUUGCAGUAUUUUGAUGUGACUUCUGUGGUAUUUACUGCUGAUGUUUGUUCAAUAAAGCAUUACAUAAAAAAAAAAACACAACGGCGCGUCCAUCUUGGAGAGGCGCCAUCGAUUGGGGCGUUCACGGUCCGUUAGGCUUUUGGAUUAAAAAAAAAAGUCGUGGCAUCAUGUCAGAAAUAGAAUCAUCUUUAUUCGCCCAGGAUGUAGGUCCACAUACAAGAAAUUUGUCUCCAGUAGUAUCGGUAAUAUAGCUACACUACUAUGGCAAUAAAAAGCAACGACGAAGUCAUACUUCACCUUUCAAAGUCAGCAAAUAGAAAACAAAUGACAUGGAGGAAAAGAGGCGCCUCACGUUUUACUUUGAAAGAACGGCGGAAGUGUUCUAGUCAUUUUCGCUUGACCACUCAUCAGUCGUCCUCCGCGCAUCCGUAGGGCGAAACGAUGGAGACCGCAAAUACAGCACUUUGAACGAUUCCAUUUUUUGAUCGACCGGUCGUCAGAAACAUGAUGAAUACAGCAAAGUGUGUUUGUAUGCGCGUGCGGGUACGUUCGUGUGUCACCAGCAUGUUGGCCAGGAAGGGCUUGGUGCCAGACGGCUUCCUAUUGACCCGGCUGGCAGAAGAGCGCAACCAUCCCAACCGGAAGCGCUCCAGGUGCCAGCGGGCGCGCUUCAUCACCAAGACGGGCUCUUGCAACGUGGCGCACAAGAACAUCAGGGAGCAGGGUCGCUUCCUCCAGGACGUGUUCACCACCAUGGUGGACCUGAAGUGGCAGCACUCGCUCCUGAUCUUCACCUCGGCCUUCCUGUGCUCGUGGAUGUUGUUCGCCAUGGUCUGGUGGUUGCUGGCCUUCGCCCACGGGGAUCUCCAGCCCCGGCAACACAGCGCGGAGACGCCCGAGAUGCCGACGAUUCCUUGCGUUACCGCCAUCAACUCCUUCGCAUCCGCCUUCCUCUUUUCCAUCGAAGUCCAGGUGACCAUCGGCUUCGGCGGGCGCAUGGUGACGGAAGAGUGCCCAGCGGCCAUCGUGGUUCUGAUCGUGCAGAACAUCCUGGGCCUGAUCAUCAACGCGGUGAUGCUGGGCUGCAUCUUCAUGAAGACGGCGCAGGCCAACCGGCGGGCCGAGACGCUCAUCUUCUCCCGCAACGCCGUGGUGGCCCCCCGCAACGGGCGGCCCACCUUCAUGUUCAGGGUGGGCGACCUCCGCAAGAGCAUGAUCAUCUCGGCCACCGUGCAGCUCCAGGUGAUCCGUCGCACCGUGACGUCGGAGGGCGAAGUGAUCCCGGUGAGCCAGCUGGACAUCCAAGUGGAGAACCCGCUGAGGAGCAACGGCAUCUUCCUGGUGUCGCCGCUCAUCGUCAGCCACACGCUGGAGAGAGGAAGUCCGCUCUACGACCUGUCGGCUCACUCGCUGGCCGCCGCUGACCUUGAGGUCAUCGUCAUCCUGGAAGGUGUGGUGGAGACGACGGGCAUCAGCAUGCAGGCCAGGACGUCGUACACGCCCGACGAGAUUCUGUGGGGCCGCCGCUUCGUGUCCAUCGUGAGCGAGGAGGACGGCCGCUACUGCGUCGACUACUCCAAGUUCGGCAACACGCUUCCCGUGCGCAUGUCGGCGCUGAGCGCCAAAGAGCUGGAGCAGACGCGCGGGAUCCGGGAGGAUGGCGCAGAUGCCGACGGGCGGCCGCAGGGCUGGGGGCUGGUCCGGGCGGGGAGGGGCGGCUUCCGGCGUGGGGGGCGGGCCUGCGAGGGCGCCGCCUCCCGACCCUGGUACGACCCCGCCCGGGAGGAGGCGGAGCCCAGUUCCGGCCAGGAGCCCGUGCCACUCGAGGUCAUCGGCCGCCGGACGGGUGAAUGAGCCGCUUUCUGUUUGGGGCGCCGACACCAGGAGUUGUUCGCUGAGACAUGGGUGGACUUUUUGGAUUUGUGUGUGUGUGUGUGUGUGUGUGUGUGUGUGUGUGUGUGU